AUGACUGGAGAAAAUAAUCAAGCCCGCAGGACGAAUUUUUGGUUUAUCAUUUCUGUAAUUGCCGGUACAUUAGGAGCAGUUUCUGAUGGAAUUCAGCUGGGCAUAUCGUCUGUUAUUUGUGAAAUGUGCAGCAAUCAAGUUAUCAACAAAAAUUCGAGUUUGUUUAAUAACAGCGAUGAUCAAAAUGGCGUUCCAUAUUUAGAGGAAGAAUCCGAUCGAAUGCUUUUCAAAACUUUUUACAUGUUAGGAGCUUUAGCCGGUUUUCUAUUAAGUUCUCCGUUUUCAAAAGUAGGCCCGAAAUUAUUUUCUGCGGCAGCUUCGGUUCUUUCAUUAUUUUCUUGGAUUAUAUUGGCUGCAACAAUUAACAUUCCUGCUAUUUUUGUAGCAAGAAUAUUAGCGGGUAUUUCAAUUACGUUGACUUUAUCAGUUUCACCAAACUACAUUUCUGAAAUAUCAGGACGAGACUUCACUAAAUCCAGUAGAGGUUUAGUUUAUUAUGCUUUAAUUGCAGGAAUUUUUCUUAUCUACGUAAUAGGCCCGCUAGUUAGCGUAAAGCUAGUCGCAACAAUUUGUGCUGUAAUAAUGUUAGUACAAAUGUUAUGUACAUUUAUAAUGGUUGAAUCUCCCUAUCAUCUAAUGACAAGGAAUAAAAUUUUAGAAGCAAAAGCGAGUCUAAUGAAAAUUUACGAAUUUAAAAUGGUUGAAAGCGAACGGAGGUUAAUACAAGGGCAAGUUACUGCAAAUAAUAGGGACAGAAGUAAUCAAGGAUUGUUUAAAACCGAUGAAAAUCAAACGGCUAGUAUUAAAAUUAUCGUCACAAGUUUCGCUCAACAAUUCACUGGGAUAACAGUAAUUAUAAUGAGUUUACACGAAAUAUUAAUUGAAGCUCAUACUGCAAAUGUGCACGCACUAAUCACUGCGGUCGCUUUCGUCCUAGUUAUUGGAAUAAUUGCACUUUUACACGAAUUAAUUGCUAUUAAUGUAAAUGCAAUGAUAUCUGCCAUUCUAAGUACUUUAAGUUUGUUAUCUUUAGCUAUAUAUUUUUCUGUGAAUUCGGAUGCCCCUCAUGUACAUUGGAUAUCAAUAGUUGCUAUAAUAAUUUACGGAGCAGUAAUUAGAUUUGAUAAAGGGUACUUUCCCAACGCAAUUGCUGAAAAAUUUCACCCGAACGCCCUAAAAUCGCCGGCCCUUCGACUAUCCACUUUUACCCACAUAUUGGCAGCUUGGAUAUCUAUUGAAUUAUAUCAAAGGAUGAAGUACAGCGGAAGAAUCGACAUUCCGUUUUACGUGUUUUCUGUAUUUAACUUGGCCAAUACGAUCAUUUUAAAACGCUGGUUCAAUCAAGAAAAACACGAUGUUACUCGCAGAGGACCUUUAAAUGAUGGUAUCGAGACAGAAGACACUGAAUUAAUCGAGGAGCCUGAGACAACUGCUGUUCCUGAAAAUAGCAAAGAACAUUCCAAUUCGAGUAUGACAGUUUCAAGCAGAAACAUAUUUCAAGGAACAUUUCCACAGCUCAUCGCCGUAUUAUCAGGUACAUUGACAGCAAUAAGUGAUGGAAUGCAAUACGGCUGGACAGCGCCAGUUAUACCGAUACUAAGAGGUCCGAAUUCACCAGUGGAAGUAACAAAACAACAGGCGGAAUGGUUAGAACAUCUACUAAUGAUCGGAUCAUUUUCUGGUCUUUCGCUUACGAUGUACUUAGUCGAUAAAAUAGGCCGAAAGAAGUCUAUCCUUUUAGCAUCGUUUGUGACAGUUUGCAUUUGGAUACUUACAGCAGUAGCUCCUCGAGUUGAAUAUAUUUAUGUAGCGAGAUUAUUUGCCGGGGCAGCUGGUAACAUGGCAUUCGUCGCAACUCCAAUGUACAUAGCAGAAAUAGCCGAACAGAAAAUCAGAGGCUUCCUCAGCAGUUUGAUCUAUUUGAUGAUGCUAGUCGGAAUAUUUCUCAUAUACGCAGUAGCGCCGUAUAUUCCUUUCUACGCCCAUUGCGUGAUAGGAGCCCUUCUCGCCUUCAUUCAGCUUUGCAUUUUUCCGUUAAUGCCGGAGAGUCCUUAUUACCUGCUCUACAGAGAUCAACCGGACGAGGCUAAAAGAUCAUUAAGAAGGCUUAGAUGCCGAAAGACGAACAUCGAUAAAGAAUUGGAAGAUAUAAAAGCAGCUGUGAAUAGACAAAAGGAAGAACGCGGGAAAUUGCAGGAUCUGUUUUUAGUACCCAGUAACCGAAGAGCCAUCAUUAUUAUGGCAAUAUUAAAUGGAGCACAGCACUUUAGCAGUAUUAGCGUUUUGUUAAUGAACACGCAUGUUAUAUUAAACAAUGCUGGUUCAGUUUAUGUUCCUCCGAACAUUACUGCGAUUUUAUUCGCAUUAUUAAUGGUUAUUGCUGCUAGUGUAGCAUCGUUCACGAUAGACAAAUUCGGAAGGAGGACGCUUUUGAUCUCAUCUAGUCUAGCAACAGGUUUAUGUUUGAUGGUCUUAGCGAUCUAUUUUAAUUUAAAAAAUGCUGGCUAUAACACGGUCCCGGUAAGCUGGAUUCCAGUUGCGUGCAUUUUAACUUAUGCGGUCGUAUUUAAACUAGGUUUAGGUAUGGUUCCUAUUGUAUUAACAGCGGAAUUAUUUCCAGCGAAAGUGAAAGCAUACGGGAUGACUUUAGCAGAUGGAACUUACGUUAUCGCUUGCUUGUUAUCAUUACAGGUUUACCAAAGAUUGUACGCAUUUGGAUUACAAUAUCCAUUUUACGUAUUCAGCGUUAGUUGUUACAUUGCCGCAAUAUUCACUUAUCUCUUUAUUCCAGAAACUAAAGGCAAAACUUUAGAGCAAAUACAAAUGAUUUUAAAAGGAAGAUCUAUUGAAGAUGCCGGUAAAAAUAUGGUUGAUGCUUGA